AUGGUUUUCGAUGAUCAAACGGCUGAUGUGUUAUUACAAGUCAUUUAUGCCCUUCUUCGGGAAAGACCUACUGGUCCAUAUUUAUACGAAGCCAGUUUAACACGAUUAGCGAAUAAAAUAAAUAAAUCGGUGGACUAUAUUAGAAAUUGGUUUGAGAAAACACGCAAUUCUGAUAGAUGGAAGCAUGAUGACAGAUGGAAACUUAUAUUUACUCCCAAAGAAGCCUCCGAUGAAUUAAACAAUACAGUAACGGAUUGCAUCGAAUAUGCUAUCGAAUGUAUUGAAGAGAUAGAAUUCGAACGCAACAAACCGAGAGCAAUCCCCAAAGAUUCAUUGGAAGAAGGUCCUUCCGAACCGGCACCAAAAAGAUCACGACUUCAAAAACCAGAAGAAAUCAACUCAAAUGCCGAUAAAACUCUGAAAUUCCUUUAUUAUAAUCUUCUGUUUUCGAAAAAUGGACCAUAUUUAUAUGAUGCUAGCUUAAGAAACUUGGCGAAAAACAUUGGACUCACUGAGGAAGAGAUCAAAAACUGGUUCACCGAGAAACGAGAUUCACAGAUAUACGCCCACAUAGAAAUUCCCGAACCGAUUGAUGGAGUAACAAAAGAUAAAUUCCUGGAACAAGUUAUCAAUGAAGCAAUUUUAGACGAAGAAUCGCUAGAAAAUCCAAAACCCUUUCAACUGCCAAAAUGCCCCAGCAGGAAUCAUCUGGUGAAAGUGUUGUUCAAUGAAUACAUAAGAGAAAAUGUAAACUAUAGAAAUGUGAAUAUUCUUGAUUAUAUACACACCGAAUUUCCUAAGUUGUACAAAGGCUCUCGUAUAAUAUUGGCCAAUAUCCGUUUUCUAUCAGAGAAAAUGGAAGUGUCAGCGCCUUCGAUAAUGGAAUGGUUUGAAGCAAAUCAAAAAGGAAACAGCUCUGAAAUUCCAGUAGAAAAUAUCAGGAUGUCGGAACCUCUCUUCAAACAGAUGUGCUCUGCUGAAGCGACGUCGUCAGGAUCUUCAAAUGAAGCAGCUUCUUCUUCAGAACAACUCACGUCAAACAUAAAUGCUUCUCAAUCGACGUCACAGUCUCCAAUCAUUGAGGAAAGAAAUAAUGAGUCUUCUGUUGAAAGCGAGGAGCAAUUUAUACCAGACGUGGAAGGUCAGGAACCGAUUCAAAAUAGAACAGAUGACUCUAUCCAAGACGAAUUGGACCAUGCAUCUCCUACCUUACCUUCAACGGUCUCGUCGAGAUUCACAGCUCCUAACCAGAAGGAUUCAGAAUCCCCGCUGGAGGACGAGGAAGAUGUUGUUGAUUUUGCGGCACCGUCAAGUUCAAAUAAAGGAAACAUGGAAGCUUCGAAAUCGUCUUCCACUCAUGACACUGAUUCCAACGUAGCAGAUUCAGAGCGCCGCUCUCCUGACAAUUAUAGAAUUUCAGUUGUGAACGAAGAGGACAAUCUGGAAUCAGUUAAUAAUGAAUCUUCGCGUGAUGAUGAAGAAAAUGGGACUGACGACGUGGCAGAUGCUUUUUUGAACCCAACUCCAGCAUCGUCAGCUCACAAUGCUAGAGGCGGCGAAGAAGACGUGGAAUCUGAAGAUCCUCCCGCAAACAAUCGCCCACUUCCAGAGUUUCCUGCUGCUCACGGCAGCUCACGCCAUUCCGAACCAGUUGCCGACAUGGUGGAUCAUCCCACAUCCUCAGCACCUCUCAUCCCUCUGGAAGACGGUCCAAUUUGCAAGGUCACAAAGCAAGUCGUCACGAUAACCAGAUCCCCUCCAUGCUUCUUCACAGACACAGAAGAGUGGUGUCAACACUGCACCAGGAUAUACGAGGAGCGCCAGAAACGCUAUGAAGAACUCUAUCAGAUUUCCCAAGGUGCUGUUUUCCAUACAUGA